CCACCUGGCUACCUUAGUCUCAACCGCCAUGAAUAAUAGAGAUAAGUCUUUUCUACUCCCUACUAACCUUCUGGAUUGGCUAUUGCUCGAGGAGGGGCACAAUUGAUUUGUCAGGCAAAGGGAAUCAAGGAGGAUUUAUAUUAAUAUAUCGGCAGUAUGUCCGUAUGCCAAGGAUCGUUUUUCACCACCUUUAAACAUUUCCAUUCAUCAUUUAUCCUUAAUCACCAUUUCAGCCAUAUCAUUUCAAUACAACUUCUCUUUUCGCUACGAUGGCCAAUAACAUCAAGACCGUUCCCACCGCCGACUACGAUGCCGUCAUCGCCGCGGCCAACAAGUACGUCGAGGGUCUCCGUGUUGGCAGCUCGGACAUAGCCGCCGAGGCCUUCCACAAGGACGCCAUCAUGUACGGCUUCAUCAGCCCUCCUAAGCCUGACAUGCUCGCUGGUCCUAUCGGCAACCUCUGGACCUUCAUGAAGAAGGAGGGCAGCGCUCCUAACAUCAAGACCCGUAACGACGUCCUCGCUAUCACUCAGACAACUGCUGUCGUCCGCAUCGAUAUGGAGGGCGACGCCUCUGGCGCCGAUUACACAGACUUCCUAACUAUGAUCAAGAUUGAGGGCAAAUGGCAGGUCAUUGCCAAGGUCUUCCACAAGUAUGAUUAGAUUGAUGGACGACGGAACAUUAGUCGAUAGUGUAUAGUGGAUAGAAGAAAAUAAGAAGAAGGAAGAAAGAGUUUACCAAA